AUGGCGAAAGAUAACUCUCCCGGUGCCCCCACGGUCGAUAUAUCACCUUAUCUCGACGAUCCCAAGUCUGACGCUGCCAGGAAGGUUAUUGACGAUGUUCGUGAAGCAUGCAUCUCGACGGGUUUCUUUCAAAUAAUUGGACAUGGUAUUCCCAAGGAGGAACAGAAUAGUGUCUUUGAUGCGGCACACGCCUUUUUCACACUGCCUUUGGAGGAGAAAAAGAAGCUUGACGCCGCAAAUUUCAUUGGUCAUAGAGGGUAUGAUGUGUUGGCCAGUCAGUCAUACGAGGAAGGCGUCUUACCAGACUUGAAGGAGGGAUACUACGUAGGCAGCAACGUUUUGCCAUCAGAUCCUUUGCAUGGCCGUUUCUUCAUGGGGCCAAAUGUUUGGCCACCGGCCGCGUUGCUGCCAGCCUCGCAGUUCCAAACACCAUGCGAACGAUACCAUGAAAGUGUUCAACAGCUUGCCUUCAAGGUUCUGCAAUUAGUUGGAGCUACCAUGAUAUCAGCCGCUUCCAGUGAGCACAGAGCCAUUAGUACGACCGGCAACAUGCCAACUGUUUUGCACGAUUUGAUCAAAUUGGAUCAGACCCCGGCAUGUCCACUUCGCCUUCUGCACUAUCCGUCGGCUGCCCGACAUGGCGGGGACGUGGCCGGCAUGCCACAGUAUGGGGCAUCCGCACACACUGACUUCGGUGUGAUUACUCUCCUCCUUCAAGAUGAUAACCCAGGCCUCGAAGUGCUCGGAGAGAAAGACGGGAAGCAUGUCUGGUGGCCGAUCGACCCUAACCCGGACGCGUACGUCGUUAAUAUAGGAGACAUGGGUAGCAUGGUUACCAACGGGUUGUAUAAGAGCAGUAUGCAUCGGGUGGUGUGCAAACGGCCUGAAAGGGAGAGGUAUAGCGUGGUAUUCUUUCUUGAUGGCUGCUUAGACGCAUGUCUAAGGCCUGUGGAAGGGUUUGGACGUUCAGAGGAAGAAGAUGCCGGUCCUUACAGGACGGUAGAGCAGCAUAUGGUUGAACGAUUAUCGAUGAGCUAUGCGAAGGACGGCAAAGACCCAAGGCAUAAUGAGGAUACCGUCAAUGCCUAA